CAAACUCGAGCAGUCUCUCCAUAUAAAAGACGACAAAGCUUUGGUCUUGAACACUGUUUUUUCCCUAUAUUCUUCCCAAGAAAAGAUGCCGUCUGCUAUUCUGGUUCCUCUAGCUGUUGCUAUUUACUAUGCUGCUGGUGGUCGUCUGUCCAUAGCGUUAGCUAUUGGUGUUAUUGGCUAUAUUGUGAUCUAUGAGAGUAAGAAGUUGAAGGGUACAACUGGUCAGAAGACAGUUACAAACUCUGAGAAUGAGCACAACCACGAGCAUACGCAUACACAUAAGCACAAGCACAAGGAAGGAGGGUGCGGUAAGCUGUGUACGUGUAAGAAUAAAGGGUUGAAGCCUAAGAAGACGUUGUCCGCCUUGAAGAACAAGAAGGGAUUUGGACAAAAGAAGGCGGCGAAUGGGUCAGAGAAGGAUAUGGCUGUUGACUUCACGUCGACGUUUGCGAGGCCAACAAAAGUGAGUUCAGCAGAUAGAGAGGAGCCGGCUAAGAAGAAGAGAGUUCCCAAGAUCAUCAAGUCCAAAGGUGCCACUAGAGGUAUCCCAAAGACAACAUGGACAAAGGCCCCAACUUCUCUGUUGGAUUCCAAUAUCAUUAUCUUUUACUCGUCGUUGACAGGCGCUUCACAAAGAUCGUCACAGUACCUGUACGAUAACUUAUGUGCGAUUGGAGACUUGAAGAACAAACCACAAUUGUUGAACUUGGAUGAAGUUGCAGAUUUAGACGACUAUUUCAUCAAAACCCCAGAUUUGGAAAAUUUGGUUUACUGCUUGGUCUUGCCUUCAUAUGACGUUGAUUCUCCGAUAGAUUACUUCCUGGAGACUUUAGAGGAUACAUAUCAGGAUUUCAGAAUCGAUAAGUAUCCGUUGAAGAAGCUGAUGGGGUUCACAGUUCUUGGAUUAGGUGAUUCUGAAUCUUGGCCCGAAAAAUUCUGCUACCAAGCUAAGAAGACAGACUAUUGGCUAGGUAAACUAGGGGGUAGAAGAAUCUUCCCAGUUGGUGAGAUUUGUAUGAAAACCGGGGGUGACUUGAAAGUUCAUGAAUGGAUAUCACUAUUCACCGAUGCUUUGAAGGAUGAUGAACCAAUUCUGUACGAAUACAUUGACUCUGAUAAUGAAGAAGACAGCGAUAAUUCAGAAGCAAGUGAAAAGAGUCAGGACACUUUGGUUGACGUCGAAGAUAUGGGUAAAAUGAUGAGUUCUUCUAAAGAACCUGAAACCACUUCUGAAACUAAGCAGAUGGUUGCAAAGAACUCUCCUACAUAUAAAAGUUUGACCAAGCAGGGAUACACAGUUGUUGGUUCACAUUCUGGUGUCAAGAUUUGUAGAUGGACCAAAUCAGCUCUUAGGGGAAGAGGUUCGUGUUACAAAUUUGCAUUUUAUGGUAUCAGAUCUCAUUUGUGUAUGGAAACAACGCCAUCACUUUCAUGUUCAAACAAGUGUGUAUUUUGUUGGAGACAUGGAACAAACCCAGUCGGAACUAAUUGGAGAUGGCAAGUUGACGAACCUGACGUCAUCUUGGAAGGUGCUCUCGCUGGCCAUUAUGCAAAGAUUAAGCAGAUGAGAGGUGUUCCUGGUGUCGUGGCUGAAAGAUUUGCAGAAGCAUUCAGGGUUCGUCAUUGUGCUCUAUCAUUGGUUGGUGAACCAAUCUUUUACCCUCAUAUCAACGAAUUCUUAUCGAUGUUACAUGAAAAGGAGAUCUCCAGUUUCUUGGUGUGCAAUGCCCAGCAUCCUGAUCAGCUUGAAAAGCUCACUCAAGUCACUCAACUUUACGUUUCUAUUGAUGCUUCUACAAAAUCAGAGCUAAAGAAAGUGGAUAGACCAUUAUUCAGGGACUACUGGGAAAGGCUGAUGAGAUGUCUUGAUAUUCUUCGUACAACUCAGUCGCAUCAGAGAACCGUAUUUAGGUUGACCUUGGUUAAGGGAUUCAACAUGGGUGAUGUUUCUGGGUAUGCGGAUUUUGUUGAAAAAGCAGCUCCAGCACUUAUAGAGAUUAAAGGUGCUACAUUCUGUGGUUCAUCAGCAGGGAACGGUAAUCCAUUGACUAUGCAAAACAUACCAUUCUACGAGGAAUGUCAGAAAUUCGUUGUAAGCUUGAACGAGGAACUCAACAGAAGAGGGUUGGGCUAUGGUAUCGCUGCAGAACAUGCACAUUCUUGUUGCAUCUUAAUGGCAUCUAAUCAAUUCAAGAUCGACGGUGAAUGGCACACCCAUAUUGAUUACCCUAGGUACUUUGAACUGCUUAGAAGUGGUAAACCUUUUGAUAAACUGGAUUAUAUAUCCAAGACGCCUGAUUGGGCCCUUUGGGGGAGUGAAAGUGCAGGGUUUAAUCCUGAAGAUACUAGAGUUAGAAAGAAGGGUAAGUAUAAGAAGCUAACAACCUAAUUUAUAACAUUUUAAUGCAUAUAUAAAAACUU